GCCCCUUCUGCUGCUCGCCCCGCGGAGGAGUUGAGUCGGUUCCCCCCCGGGCGGCUCUUCCCGGCCGUCGGGACCCCCCAUGGCACCGCCGCGAUGUUCGUGUCCCGGCUCCUGGAUUUCCAGAAGACGCGCUACGCCAGGUUCAUGAAUCACCGCGUCCCAUCCAACUGCAGGUACCAGCCGACGGAGUACGAGCAUGCAGCGAACUGUGCCACCCAUGCAUUCUGGAUCCUGCCCAGCAUCCUUGGCAGCUCCAUCCUCUACAUCCUCUCUGAUGACCAGUGGGAAACUAUCUCAGCCUGGAUCUAUGGCUUUGGCUUGUCCAGCCUCUUCAUCGUCUCCACCAUCUUCCACACCAUCUCCUGGAAGAAGAGGCAUCUCAGGACAGUGGAGCACUGCUUGCACAUGUUUGACAGGAUGGUGAUCUACUUCUUCAUCGCAGCAUCAUAUGCUCCCUGGCUGAACCUGAGGGAGUUGGGUCCCUGGGCUUCCCACAUGCGCUGGAUCAUCUGGAUCAUGGCAUCUGUUGGGACUGUCUAUGUUUUCUUCUUCCAUGAGCGGUACAAGCUGGUGGAGCUGGUGUGCUACGUUAUCAUGGGCUUCUUCCCUGCGCUGGUCAUCCUCUCCAUGCCCAACAGGGAUGGCCUCCCGGAGCUGGUGGCUGGUGGAUUCUCCUACUGCCUGGGCAUGGUCUUCUUCAAGAGCGACGGCCGCAUCCCCUUCGCCCAUGCCAUCUGGCACCUCUUCGUGGCCAUUGGAGCUGGCAUCCACUACUAUGCCAUUUGGAGGUACCUCUACCGGCCCAGCACACUGGAGGCUAAAACAACCCGGUAGAUGCCUUAAAGACCAGCACAUGGGGGCAUGAGGGGAGCAAGGGAGACAGCCUGUGCCAUGGGCUCACCCCAAACCACCCACUUGCCCCAUGGGCAGCUCUGCUGGUGCCCUCCCUGCACAGCCAGGAGAGUCUGGAGGUGGAUUUUAAAUGGAUUUUCCUCUUUUAACCUCGGGAACUGCUUGGAUUUUAGGCACAGGUUUUGUAACACAGUGACCGACCAAGGGGCUGCUGGUGGCAGGGGAAUGACUGUGUGCCAUGGGCUUGGGGAGGCUCCACUCACUUGCCUGGCCCUGAGCAUCCCAUGGGGUCCUUGAGCCCACCUGCCCCUGGACGGUGACACCCUGGGUUUGGCUGCUGAGCCCUUAGCAUGGGCCACCCAAGGGACUGGAGGAGUUGGGAUGAGGGGGCAGAUCCGGCUGCUUUCCCUUGGGAUGCUCCCAC